AUAUCCGAAUUCUGCAUUUCUAUGUGAUAAAGUUACCACCUUUUUCGCUCAACUAGUUUGAAGAUUAACUGAAAGUUAGGACCUUUCAUUUCCAAUCCUUACACCCAUAUACGACGAGAGAAACAGAUCCCAAAAUCGAAACUUGGGAAUUUUACUUUUUUUCUGUUCGCCUUCUAUGGCAACUGAAGACGAAGGUGAAUUGUCAGCUCGUUACCAGAACACUUUGGAUGCAUUGUCGUCUUUGAUCACAAAACGCAGCAGUUGUGUUAGUAACAACCAAUCUCAGAGAUUCCGUUUGCUCCUCCAUUAUCUCAAGGUUCUUGAGCUCGAAGACGCAGUCUCACAACUGAAAAUCAUUCAUGUGGCCGGAACUAAAGGAAAGGGAUCAACAUGCGUAUUUGCGGAAUCUAUUCUACGUUGUUACGGUCUUCGAACAGGUCUCUUCACAUCUCCUCACUUAAUCGAUGUCCGAGAGAGAUUUCGUCUCAACGGCAUUGAGAUAAGCCAGGAGAAAUUUGUGGACUACUUUUGGUGUUGCUUCCAUAAACUAAAGGAGAAAACUAGCAAUGAGAUUCCAAUGCCUACUUACUUCUGCUUCCUUGCAUUAUUAGCUUUCAAGAUUUUCGCAACAGAACAGGUAGAUGUUGUUAUACUAGAAGUUGGCUUAGGUGGGAGGUUUGAUGCGACUAAUGUGAUUCAGAAACCUGUCGUCUGUGGUAUUUCUUCACUUGGUUAUGAUCAUAUGGAGAUACUUGGAUACACUCUUGCUGAAAUUGCUGCAGAGAAAGCUGGUAUCUUCAAGAGUGGAGUUCCGGCUUUUACAGUGCCUCAACCUGAUGAAGCGAUGCAUGUACUCAGUGAGAAAGCUUCAAAAUUGGAGGUAAAUCUUCAGGUGGUGGAACCGUUGGAUAUGAGUCAGAGACUGGGGCUUCAAGGCGAACAUCAAUAUCUAAACGCUGGUCUUGCGGUUGCGUUGUGUUCUACAUUCCUAAAAGAGAUUGGUAUUGAGGAAAAGAAUGGUUUGAAUCAGACACAGAGGGGUUUACCAGAAAAGUUCGUCUCUGGAUUGUCGAAUGCUUAUCUGAUUGGACGGGCUAUGGUGGUGCCUGAUUCAGAACUUCCUGAGGAGAUUGUGUAUUACCUUGAUGGAGCUCAUAGUCCUGAAAGCAUGGAAGCUUGCGCUAUAUGGUUUUCAAAACAGAUCAAACAAAACCAAGAAAGAAGCCAGAAAAGAUCAGAGCAGAUACUCUUGUUCAAUUGUAUGACUGUUCGUGAUCCGAGUUUGCUUCUUCCACGAUUAAGGAGUAAAUGCAUUGAUCAUGGAGUUGAUUUCAAGAGAGCCGUUUUUGUGCCAAACGUAUCAGUGUACAACAAAGUGGGAUAUUCGUCGAACGAUGACAGACGUGUGGAUUCAGUGACGUGGCAGUUCGGUCUUCAGAGGCUUUGGGACAGUUUGGCUAGAGGUGAAGCAAAAUCGAAUUUAGAAAGUGAUUCUAAAGGCAAAGAAGAGGUGAAAAGUUUCGUUUUCUCGUCACUUCCUUUGGCCGUUGACUGGCUCCGGGACAAUGCUCGCCAAAGUAAACAAGUUCGUUUUCAGGUGUUGGUAACUGGCUCAUUACAUUUGGUGGGUGAUCUCUUAAGAUUAAUCAGGAAAUGAAUACACUCUAUGUCUCUGCCUGUAAUAGACUAAUAGUUAUAAGAAAAAGAUACAUUUGGACAUGA